AUGUUUUUACCGUUGGAACUUUUCACACAGUCAAUUCGCUCGCAUGCCUUGGCAUCCUGCAAAAGCGCUCUGCAAAUGCAAGCAAGCCUCAUCGAAGAGAUAAUCGACGGAAGUGUUUCCGAGGCCGCGGCAGUGUUUCUCACGGAGCUGGCUGCUUGA